CUUAUACGUCAACUGUUAUUUGCCUUCCAAUAAAUGAAAAUUUUUUAAAAGUACUUCAAUUGAAGAUUUCAAAAGAGUUUAUCUAAAGUUCUUGUUCAAAAGUAUAUCCUAAUCAUGUCGAAAUUGAAUUUAACUAAUUCAACAAUAGUUGAAGAUGACUUCGAACAUCCUCUCUCAGUCAUACCAAGAACAGCUCUUAUUGGAACCAUUGGAAUUCUUACUGUUUUUUCUAAUUCUCUUGGUAUUAGCGUUUUAAGAAUCACAACCGAAAUUCCUUAUAUUCCAAGAAUUUGUCUUAUUAAUCUCGGAGUAGCCGACUUAUUGGUCGGUAUAAUUGCUUGUCUACCAUCAUUAGCGCCUAGUAUUCUUGAUAAAUGGCCAUAUGGAGAUAUUUGGUGCCAAAUUUCGGGUAUCAGUCAUGGUGUCAGUAUAACCGUAUCGAUAUGGAGUAUUCUGUUAGUAUCAAUAGAUAGAUAUUUCGCCAUUGUCCACGCCUUAAGAUAUCGUCAAAUUGUUACAAUCAAAAGAAUUAAAAUAAUAUUAGCUUGUAUGUGGACGGUUGGGACAUUGUCUUAUUCACUACCAUUACCUUUUGCCCAUAAAUUCCUAUAUUAUAGAUAUAUCAGAGAGGAAUAUAUGUGCAGUAUUCAUUUUGACUUUCUCUGGUUUUGUAUUUUUACGGCGGUUUAUAUGCCUAUAUUUAGCAAUACUGGCAUUUUUAUAACAACUUUUCGAUCGGUAAUGAAAUUAAGACAAACAAAGAAGCUUGGUGGAGAAUCAUCGGUUCAUGGAGCAAGCUUAAAAAAGAAUAUGAAAGCCGUCAAGAUGUUGGUAAUAACGGCAAUCACCUUUUUCAUGUUUUGGUGUCCUUAUAUUUUUAAUGUUUUUAUAAAUAAAUUUUCACCAAAUCCUCCAAGUUUGCCACCAAUAGUUCCAUUUAUUAUGGUUUGGUUGGCAAAUUCAAAUAGUUUUGUUAAUGUCAUCAUCUAUCUUAUCCUAUAUCCUCACUUUAGAAAGAAUGCACUUAUCGUUCUUAUUAGUUUUUCAAAAGGUCGUUGUUGUAUUAAAAAGUCAGAUAAGAAGGAAAUACUGAACAACAUAUCGAGUAAAGUCUCUGGACCCCAAACAUCCGAGUCUAUGAAUUGAUUCAAUUAAAUAUUACAGCAAUUAUAUAAUAUAUAAGAAUUUUCACAUUUAUUCACAAUCUUCACUACUUUUUUCAUUGUAAAGUUCAAUUGAACGGAACUUGAAAUCUGAG